AUGCCGCCAAGCAACCAAGACACCAAGCGCGUCUCGUUCGUUCUCGUGCCACAGCGCAUUUCGUACCAUCGAUCCGAGUCGUACGACGAAUGGCUCUUCCGCGUCGGCCGCCUCGAAGCGCCCCACGAGUCGGUUGAGAAAGCGGUGGCAAACUUUCUCAGUCGCGCGGCGAACUUUGCAGGUCACGCAGCGGUAGCCCACGCGCGGCCUGAGCGCGACGUCUCGCCGCCGUCCAAAGCGGACUUAACGUGCUGGCGCAACUUGGCGUCGCAUGCGUGGGAAGACGAAGCCGAGUUUCUUCGUGCUCCCGACGACGUCCGUACAACAAAAACGAAGCUCCAGCACCUGCUCCAAGCCGUGCUUCCGACCUCCAUUAAGGACCGAAAGCGCGCCGAGUAUCGCCGCGAGUGCCUCCAACACCUCGUCAACAUGUGCUUGGCCUUUGGCGAUGCGCCGUUCACGCUGCACGACCUCUCGUGCCUCCUCGAUAGAUGA